CCAGACCCCACUAGGUGGGAAUACACUGGGUUUGUUGUUGUUGUUGCAGACUUAUAGGCUUAGAAUCUUUUAUUUCCAUUGCUCCGUUCUUCUUGGGAAUGAGAGUAACAAAUGUAGCAGUUAAGCUUUUCUCCAUUCUCCCUUCCGUACGGAACUGUUCUAAGGUUUUAAAGACGCUGCCCCUUAGGAUAUGUCAACUUCUUUGGAAAAAGGCUAUCUGAUAUUCAUGUCGCAUCUUUGGAAAAAGGCAAUCUGAAACCCAAUCCUUGAAUAGCAGCCAGAUCCUUGCAAAGAGUUUUCCGUGCUUUCCUUUUACAUGGUGCAUAAACUCCAGUAAAGGUGCAUUUGAAACUUGUAUUGAUUUCUUCUAAAACUACAGUCGGAGAAUGAUAGCCUGUCAAUUUCUUCUUACAUUCUCAUCUCCUUUUGUCCCACAUAACCAGGAUACCUUCACUAGCUACUUGUGCUUUUAGCUCGGCCAGGUCCAGCCAUCUAUUGUUCCUUAGCUGUUUGACUAGAAAGAAAGAGAGAGAUAGAGUUUGUCUCUUGGAAGCAAUAUAAAUCAGCAUUCCACUUCUUUACCAGUUUGCGAUCAUCCUUCUCUUUUUGGGAUUAUAAUUCGUUUGACAUUUUAUCUACGCACUUUUAUCUUCUUAUGUAAAUCUAGGAUGCUUCCUUCUUCAGCUACCACUAGCAUAGUUGGUGUUCAAUGCCAAUGGGUUAGUGUUCUCUGGCAUUAUACUCUGGGUAAUAUUUAUUUGCUUAUGUGAUGGUUGAUUGUAGUGUAGUUACUGUAGUAAACAUCAUAAGUGGAUGGCAUAUCUGAGUAUGCACCCUCUUUGAGUUUUGCCACCACCAUAUUGUUUCCUUUUUUAACACUUGAAGAUUGGUGAUGACUAACUAGUUAGUUGUUAGUGUUAACUGACUAUCCUUUUAUUGUUGGAAUGUUUCUGUCAUCGCUGGUAUACCUCAAAGUUCUAUUAAUGCGUAUGCACUCUCACACAUAUUUCUUUUAUAUUCUGUCUAAAAGGUAUGCAGCAGUGUUUGCUGCUUUUGUUGCUGGCAUGGCAUGUUUGGUUGGGAUGGACUUUGGCGCAAAACUUCUGGCAUCUUUGGCUAAAUCUUUUGAGGAUGAGUAUCUGAAUGAAGAUAACCUCUCUGUUAGGAACCUGACACUUCUGCUCUCAUACUUGUACACUUUUGGAGUUUGCUCGAGUGACUUGAUAUAUGAUUUCCUGGUGACAUUGAGCAAGAGACUGACAGAAGUGGAUGUUUCUACCAUAUUGACAGUACUACAAGGUAAUGAACUUAUCUUAAGACUGUCUUUCUUUGUUGGAGUGAUCUGUCAUCCAAUUAUUUUCUCCUUCUUUACCCCUGCCCCAUUUCUGUUCCCUAUUCCAGAGAUAUACCAACAAAUUAUUCAUGAGUUGCUAGGUGCUGUUAAUUUUAGGCCUCAACUUAUUUCUCUUCAGCUUUUGUAGCUUUAUGUUUUUUCUUUUCACAAAAAAAAAGAGUUUCUCUUAAUUCGGGCAAUUAAUUACUUAUUUAAAAAAGGAUUUUCAUUAAAAGAAAAGAAUUACUAAUUUAAAAAAGGAUCUUGUGUUUUGCUAACUUUUGUAUGUUCCAAAUGUGACAACAUGCUGGACUUUUGUUAAAAAUUCAUCAGUUUGAACUAAAAUUUUGGGUCACCUUUUUUGCUAAAAGAAAAACGAUAAGACGACCUUUAUUUGGGCUCGUUUGAUACCUCUAUGUGGUGUCUAACCAAAAUUUUAAAACUUGAAAUGAGAUAUCUAAAUCCUACCUUCGUGUUAUGCAGUACAAUUAUAAGCAAAAUAAGCAUUUGAAAAUCAAUUAUAACGAUAGGAAAAAUAUGAUUAGGAAGUUUAUUAUACUGGAAUGCAAAGCCAUAGUAACUAAAUGUCUUAAUAGAGCUGUCAAUCUCGACUCCGCCUAAAAGUAUUAUCUUUUCGGUUUGUGAAUAGCAACAACUGGUCAUAAUUUUUUGAUACCAAAUUGACAUGUCCAAAGUUGAUUGUUUACAUUAUAUAACUCAAAAUGGUGUCGCUUAGUAAGAACCCAAGGGUGUGGCCUAGUGGUCAAUGAAGUGGGUUGAGAACCUGAGGUCUCAUGUUCAAAUCUCAACAGAGGCAAAAACACUAGGUGAUUCUUCCCAUCUGUCCUAGUCUCGUUGGAUAGAGUUACGUGCUAUAUGUUGCUGGUGGGAGGUGGCAGGUAUCUCGUGGAUUUAGUCGAGGUGCAAAAAAGCUGACCUACACUACGGCUAUGAAA